CGAGUCCUGCCUGGAACGUUACGGGACUUAUCCGCAGUGCUUGGGACCUCUCCGAUCCGCAAUCUUUUGGUCUUAUCUCAAAAAAAAAAAAGUUUGCAGGCAAAACUUUCGGUUUCAUAUUUAUAUUUCAAGACAGAAAUGUGCAGAACGCUGCUGUCGGGUGUUCCUGCAAUCAGAGAAUAAUUUCGUGGAAAAGUUUAUAGGAAAGUCCUCACAUUAAAAUGUUAAUGUUGUUGUGAUUUUUAAUAUCGUUCUUGGAACAUAAAGUGCACAUUGUGAAGUGACCGCUGUUGUGCUAUUAACAGAGAUAAUGGAUUCUGUGGAAAUAUAUCUCAAACUGGAUAAAGAAAACUGUGAAGUAGGACCGACUGAUAAUCAUUAUUUUAGUCGUCACAUCUUUGAUUAAUUUUUUUCUUCUGUGACUCAGGAUAGUCACAUCUUAGAAAAAAAAGAAACACAUUAGAAACACCAAUAUUUCCUAUUUAAUCUGAAUAUUAAUAAAUAAUUAUCGCCUAGCAUCGCUUUUUGAUUAGUUGAUUUUUAAGUAGAAAAAUUGUGACAAUAAUUUAGUGUAUAUAUUUGUGUAUUAACUGUGCACAUUCAUUCUCUUAAAUCAUCUGUCUGACACUAUUGGAACAAAACAGGAACAUCAGAAAAUUUAAAUUCUGAUUUGCUGAAUUUUUUAAAGAGAUUGCAAACAGUUAAGUUGCUUGAAACCGAUACAAUAACCCUUCAUUGUUUGUGUUUAUCUUUCUCUUAUCGCCUUGCAAAGAUUAUAAGUGAAUAUGGCUCGUUACCAUAGAAAAGUAGAGCCGGUAGUGAAAGUGAUGCAAGUUGCUCGGAUAACUUUCUUUUGCAUCCUAAUAACAAUGGAACUAAGUUAUUCCUUCGGACGUGCUGAAGUGUGCGCCGAAGACCAUAAAACAGAUCGUUCCAAAAGUUGGCAGAAAUUUCGCCCCCUCUCCAGACAAGCCAGGCGAGUAGACCAGGAUCUCGUUCCUUACUUUGAUAACUCUACCAGCAAAAAUGUCACCACCACUUCGGGCAAGACUGCCUACCUACCAUGCCGAGUCCGCCACUUGGGAGACAGAACUGUAUCUUGGAUCAGACGCAAGGAUCUCCAUGUCCUGACUGUUGGUAGGUUCACAUACACAAGCGAUCAGAGGUUCCAGACUAUUCACUUAGAGAAUUCGGACGAUUGGACUCUUCAAGUGAAAUACCCGCAAAGUAAAGAUGGUGGGGUGUACGAGUGCCAAGUCAGCACCGUGCCCAAAAUGAGUCACUUUGUCAAUCUCAAUGUCAUUGAUCGUUCCCAAUUAUCUGGAAAACUCGAACAAGAUACUCGAGGCAUUUUUGGGACAUCAACAGUACCCCAGUAUGAGCUAGGUAAACAGUGGUCGGAGGCUACGAUGUCCACUGACUACGACUGGUUGCAAAGAACCCCAGGAAAAUAUAACAUUGAAAAGGAGAGCAAAGCCAAAAUCAUUGGUGGCCCCACGCUAUAUAUCAACAGCGGCAGCACCAUCAACCUGACAUGCUUGGUGAUGGAGAGCCCAGUACCGCCAGACUAUGUGUUUUGGUACCACAACGGUAAGGUGAUCAACUACGAUUCUCCUCGUGGCAUCAGCGUGCAUACAGAGAAGGCCCAGCGCACCACCAGUAAACUCCUGAUCAGCAAUGCUCAGCCCAGCGAUUCCGGCAAUUAUUCCUGUGUACCUUCCAAUGCUGAACCCGCCGCAAUCGGAUUGCAUGUACUCAAUGGUGAACACCCCGCUGCAAUGCAGCAUGGCAAGCACACGUCUUCUGGAUCUGGUCUUCCAGCGUCUUGGGACAUCCAGUUGUACCUGAUCAUGAACAUUGCUCUUCUAAUCUUCAAUAAACGGUGAUAACCUAAGCCGAGGGGCUUAUUUUUACAUGCAAUAGAGUUAAGGAAAAAUUUAACAAACUGCAUCUCCAAUCAGAAAAAUAAAAUAAAAAUUUAUGUACACCGCCAUUACGACUAUAUCAGAAACCAUGGACUUGCCGUGCCAUCUAUCGACGAGUUAGAAAAGUCACAAUUGAGAGAAGUGAAUGUGCUCGAAUGAAAUGGAAAAAUCGAUCCAUUUUGAAGAACUCUUCUGGAUUCGUUGUGCCAUCUGUACAGUACAGUGGGAACUAAACUUCUCCUGCAAUAAAUUCCACAUACAUUUAUCUAUCUACUUCGAUUCAUAAACAUUGAUUUCGGAGAGAAAUUAUUAUGAAUUGUAAUAAAACUUGUAGAAACGCCCAGUUUGAUCUAAGAAAGACUGACGGUAAGAGAGAUUGUUAGAUCGCACAGAACAACUUUUGAAACUACAAAGUGAGACAUUUUUUUUUCGUGAUAAUUGUGCAGGUACUUUGUAAAGUGAGCUUAAGAGAUGGCUUCAGACAAUGAAUAUUAUAACUCUCACGUGUCUCGGUUUUGAUUGAACAAAAAAUUGCAUACCUUCUAACUGUAAAGUUAUUUACAGAUGAUAAUAAGACUUUGGACACAUUUUUUUGGCCGAAAGAUGAUAUUGCGUUUACAUGUGUUAAAUAAUAAACGUUGUACUUAAAACGAACUGUAUACCCCUGUAGAAUAUUCAAAUAUAAAUAUAUAUAAAACCUAUUGAAAAAUUCUCACUUUGUAUAUUACGAGCAGCUGGCUCACUGCUCGUUUUAUGGACACAAUGUAUCCGUUUAAUUUAUUGUACAAGUACUUUAGUUCAUUUCAAAGCCUCCCAUGUUAACAUUUUUUAAUGUUUUAGCAAAAUUAAAUCAGUGACAGUGCUCUUCGCAAAGUUCGAAAGGCAACAAUCAUGAAAGUGUGCUCAUUGAUUCAACUGUACAAUUCGUAACCCAAGUAGCACAAGAUAUUUUGCAAUAUUUUUAUCAAAUGUUGUGCAACCUAUAUAAUGUGCACUUCUUAAAAUUAUUGUAUAAUAUAUCGUGGUACUUGGAAAAGACUAUGUAAAUUUCUGCACAAUCCGGCCCCAUGUUCCAUCUAUAAAUGCGGGUGGUCAUUUAAUUUAAAUAUCACUAGAGGGUCCAUGGAAACAUUUUAAAGGAAUUGGUGUGAUUAAUGAAUUACUGUUAAUUCCCAAAUAAAUGUUAUGUUUUUCAGUUCCUAAUUGUAAUGUGCUAUUUAUGUUGUUAAUUUUUUUGAGUACCAACGUGUAUGUAAAUAUUUCCCAAGA